GCAGUGACUCUCAGAUAAGGCUGCUCGGCACCAUGAGUGACUCUGGAAGCCUAGUUGGUGAUGUUCCUAAACCCAGUGCCAGAGCCAUAUAUGAGCAGAGGAAGAAAUAUUCCAACAUCAUAAUGGCAGAUGUGUCCCAGUAUGCUGUCCAUCACUUGGUGACUUUCUCCAUCGGAGAAGAGGACGACUUGGCAUCUGUGGAGGAUGCCACCAGGAAACUGUCCAUCAUGGAUGCCCAAGGGAAGAUCUGGGUUCAGGAAAUGUUGCUUCAAGUCAAUGGCUCGGCCGUCAAACUCCUUGACGUAAACUCAAAGGAGGAGCUGGAGAACUAUGGACUAGCAGCUGUUCUUCGCUGUGAGGCUGUCAGACCUGAGUCACGGACGCAACCCUUGCUUCUUCUUGUGUGCCAGGAACCCAGUCAGCUCAAACCCGAUGUCCACUUCUUUGAGUGUGACCAUGCCGGGGCAGAACUGAUUCAGCAGGAUAUUAACAGUGCUUUGCUGGACUUCAAGUCAGGGGGAAAUGCCAAGCGGAAGGAAUUACUCAGAGCUAACCAGACAGAAAAAGCUCAGGACACAUCCCGGCAGCUUCCUAAAAAGGUACCUUCCAGGACAAAGAUCAUCGUACCAGCACAAACAAAUAAGGACAUCUUGGCAGGCAAACCUGACUUGACUUUCAUCCACGUUGAGCAAGAUGUGGAACUGUUGAACCAUGUUUUUGAUGAUAUAGAAGCCUUUGUAGGGAAGCUGCAGAAAUGUGCUGAAGCUUUCCGUGUGCUGGCUCACCGCAAGCGCUCCGCAAGAGGGCGCCUCCGACAACCAGGAGAGGGACUCCUGACUAUUCGAGCUCGACCUCCUAGCCAGGAGGAGUUUGAAGACACUUUGGCUAAGAUCAAAUAUUCCUUCAGCCUUCUGGCAAGGCUGAAGUCUAACAUCACAAAUCCGACCUCAGAAGAGCUGAUACAUUUCCUCUUUAAUCCACUGAAGAUGAUUGUGGAGUCUUCCGGGGGACCAGAGUUUGCUUCUGAGGUGCGCAAUCCCAUGCUGACUUUGGAGGCAGUGACACUGAUGCGAGGCUGCUUAGGGGAACAGGAGGCUGAGCUGUGGCAUUCACUGGGUGACAACUGGAUCAGGCCAAGAUUGGACUUCCCCAGGGAUUAUGCAGCCCCCUACACCCCUACUUUCCGGAGUCGCUGGGAGCCCCUCCGCCUGGACGUUUCUGGGCAACCUUGGGAAGAUCCUGUGGAGUUACAACACCGGCAUGAGGAACGCCGUGCCCAGCAAUCAGCUGCCACCAUUGCAGCCAAUGGACACAAGCAUCCUGACAGCAAACUAGCCAUCUGUACCCAUGACUUCACAGCCAGAAACAGCAAUGAACUAUCAGUGCUUCAAGCAGACAUUUUGGAGGUUUUGGAUGACAGCAAGAAAUGGUGGAAAGUUCAAAACCGUUAUGGUCAAGUGGGCUAUGUCCCCUAUAAUAUUCUUAGCCCAUUUCAGACUGAAGAGAAUUUGAGUACUCAGAACCACAAAAGAAAUGGCCAGAUUAAUGGAAUCAGUCCUGUGAUUAACAAAAAAACACCACCCCAGCCGCCACCAAAGGUUAAAGGUCUGCUUGCAAAUGGCAGACACUGGGCUAGCACGGAGGACCUGAGUGACCGAGAGCGCUUCAACACUGUCAAUGAAGAGCUUGCUCUGAGGCUGGCUAAUGGAACGGCGAGUCGGGGCAAAAAUCUUCACAUCCAGCGUACUCCAGACACCAAUGUGCCUUUGGAAUAUGAUUCGGAUUCCGCUCAAGUCCGGGCCUGGCUAGAAGCCAAAGGGUUCAGCCCAUUGACUGUGCAAGCCUUUGGAAUUCUAAGUGGAGCUCAGCUCUUUUCCCUGAAGAAGAGUGAGUUUAAAGCUGUCAGCCCUGAGGAAGGAGUUCGAGUCUAUAGCCAGGUCACUGUCCAGAAAGCGCUUCUGGAGGAUGCUGGGAAGAUAUCAGAGCUAGAAGCUGUGAUGGAGAAACAAAAAAAGAAACUGGAAGGUUUGAAUGGAUAGAGGAGCGUUCUUCAAGUUCUGAUAUGGGAAUGCCCUCUGCUGAAGAAAUGUUGAACUGCAGGAUUAUAGGCUCGUCGUGGUCAUCGUCAUCAUCAAAUGCAGCCUUGCCUCCUCCCUGCACUCACCCAAAUCCAAUUUGUACAGGAAUGUUUGUUUGAAUAGAUGUUAAGUAGAUAUUUUUCACGUCUAAUAUCUUCUAAAGAAAUGUCCCUCUUUGUGUUGCAUCUUUAAUUCCCCACAUUUCCCAUUUAACUCUAAGAUGCCUUCAUUCCCACCUGCAUCAAAAGGAGAAUGGACAUGUGGCACCCUUCUGUCCCUUUACAAGGAUGAGUAUUUGUAGUGCACUUAUUUUCAUUCUUUAGUGAGAAAUAUUCGCCUUUAUUGGAAUUGCCCAUAGGUCUCUCACAUGGAAGAAAACAUGAAAUCCAACAUUUUGUAUUAUCGUCAAUAUUCAAUUAUUGAGUUAGAUCUGAAUUCGCAUAUUGCUAUAUAUGCCCUUGGAUCUUCAGCUGCAUUGCAUUCUGAAUUCUGUAGCCAUAAAUCUAUCUUAAAGCAAUCAUUUUUGCUUAUAUGUAUAUUGCACUGUAUCAUAGGGGCUGUAGUUCAAUUUCUGAAUCUAUGUCCUCUGGCUGAAUUUACAGCUUGCAGGUAAUGCAAAUUUCAAAUGUCUCCAGCAGUCCUUACUAGAGUAAGGAUAAAGAAGUUAUUGUGAAGGAAGAGAUGGGUGCAAAGAUAAAGUAUCUCAGGAAUAACGUUUCCUCCUGCAGAAGUGACACGGGACCCACAGAACAACACUCAACAUCAGGCUACCAACUGACAGCUUUAUACCUUGUGCUCAGCACAAAAGUGGUAGGGAAUAUGUGGCCAACCUGGUACAUUGUGGUACCACAGCUCCUUGACUCAGGGACUGGAAACCAAGCCCUAUGAGGAAAGAUUGAAAAAUUGGGUGUGUUUAGCCUUGAGAAAAGAAGACGGAGGGCGAGAUAUAAUAAUAGCACUUUUUAAACACUUUAAAUCCAUCAUGCCAUGAACUUUUGUGGACUUUUAAAGUUUUUGACACUGAUACAAGCCUGAUGAAAUAGCGUUCGAUCCAUGAAAGCUCGCAUAUUGUAUGAUGGUUUUUUAGUGGUCUAUUAAGG